AUGCCUUCGUCAUCAACUAAAAAAACCUUCAAUGAUGAUAAUUCAACCAGUUAUCAUUCAACAUCCUCGUCUUCCUUUACAAUUAAUAACAACGAUGAAAUUAACAACAUUAAUAAGGAUUUUUCUUUUUUUAAUAACAAUAAAAAAGUCGAAACAAUAUCAAUGGUUGAAUUAACAAGAAGUAACGUCGAAGAAGGAUCAAUUUCAAUUUCUUUAGAUUAUAAUAAAUCAAUUCUAUCGAAAUUACCAUCUUGCUCCUCAUUAAAAUCUAAUAUCAACAACGGCAGAUACAAUAAACGCCACCGCAAUAAUAAUAGUUUCGAUAUUAUUGAUAAUGACAGUAAUCUAUCAUCAUCAUGCCCUCUUCCUCAUAGUAAAUUUAAUAAAAGAUUGAGUUGGAAUUCUAAAUUUCAUUAUGGCAGUAAUCGUCACAGUAAAAAUAAUGAUGAUUUAAUAAAUGAACAUCUAGAUGUGCCGUUAAGUCCCACUCCAACAGUGAUAAACCAACGGUUAUCUUCAAUGCCUACAUCUCCAAUAAGAAAUAUUAACUAUAGAUAUUCAACACAAACUAAUUUAUCUGAUUCAACUACACUACCAAACACGCCAACCACUCCGAAAAUACCAAAAUCUGAUUACGAUGAUAGUAUUAAUCAUUAUCGUCGUAAGUCAUGGUUAACCGAAAAACCAAGCUUCUAUAAUGACCAGGAAUAG